CCGCCGAAGCCAGGGCUGAUGGAUGCCAGGGAGUGCCGCAUUGCUUAGUGUCCCCGCCUCCGGGUUUGCUGGCAUCUCCUUCAGGAGGGAUCUCAGAAGCAUUACAGUGCCGAGGCUGAGAUGUGCGUGGGGGUUGUUUUUGUUACAUCUUGGAAGAGAGGAGAAGAGGAGAGUACCAAGAUCAGAACCACCCCUGCUAGGUGGGAUUAGGGGUGGUUUUGUUGGGAGACAGAAAAGACCAGAAGAGGAGCACUGGAUCAUUCUAAGUCCACAUCACUUCACAGGAAAAAGGAAGAGACAGAGUGGGGCGCUGUAUUUAGGGGGCUGGGGAAGAAGUUUAUACCCCCUACGGUAAAGCUGUGGCAAAGCAAGCAGGAGCAACAGGGUACUUGAUUGGCCACCAACAGUAAUCAUUUCCUGUUAAAGAGAGGAAGCAGACAGCUGCGAGGAGGUGGUGGCAGCGAGCACCAGGUUUGUUGUGGGACUGGCAACAAGAGCUUCCACAAAGCAGACCCAGGAACAAGCAGCACCAUGACUCACUUACAAGCUGGUCUCUCUCCAGAGACCCUGGAGAAAGCUCGCCUGGAGCUCAAUGAGAACCCAGACACGCUGCACCAGGACAUCCAGGAGGUGAGGGAUAUGGUCAUCACCAGGCCGGACAUUGGUUUUCUGCGCACGGAUGACGCCUUCAUCUUGCGCUUCUUACGGGCCAGGAAGUUUCAUCACUUUGAGGCCUUCCGCCUCCUGGCUCAGUACUUCGAGUACCGGCAGCAGAACCUGGACAUGUUCAAAAGCUUCAAGGCCACUGAUCCUGGUAUCAAGCAGGCACUGAAGGACGGCUUCCCUGGGGGUCUGGCCAAUCUGGACCACUAUGGCAGGAAGAUUCUCGUCCUAUUUGCGGCCAACUGGGAUCAGAGCAGGUACACACUGGUGGAUAUUUUACGUGCCAUCUUACUUUCACUAGAAGCCAUGAUUGAAGAUCCUGAGCUACAAGUGAAUGGGUUUGUUUUAAUUAUAGACUGGAGUAACUUCACCUUCAAGCAAGCCUCUAAACUAACACCGAGCAUGCUGCGAUUAGCUAUUGAAGGCCUUCAGGAUAGUUUCCCAGCACGAUUUGGAGGAAUUCAUUUUGUCAAUCAACCCUGGUAUAUCCAUGCCCUGUACACCGUGAUCCGGCCUUUCCUAAAGGAGAAGACUCGGAAAAGGAUAUUUUUGCAUGGUAACAACCUGAAUAGUCUACACCAACUCAUUCAUCCUGAGAUUCUGCCCUCUGAGUUUGGAGGAAUGCUACCCCCUUAUGACAUGGGAACGUGGGCAAGAACACUGCUAGACCAUGAGUAUGAUGACGACAGUGAGUACAAUGUGGAUUCCUACACCAUGCCUGUGAAGGAAGUAGAAAAGGAACUGUCACCCAAGUCCAUGAAAAGAUCCCAGUCAGUAGUGGAUCCGACAGUACUAAAACGCAUGGAUAAAAAUGAGGAAGAAAACAUGCAACCUUUGCUUUCUCUGGACUGAUAACUUCUCUACACCUCCCAUAGAUUAGAAAUGGAAGGUACUGGCUUUCAGCAAUGGGGACUGCACUGUGGAGAAAUUACCAGCUGAAAACCUAUUUAUUCAUGUUAAUGUAGCAUAAUAUAAAAUAAGGCAUCAGACUUUCCCAUUUGCCUGAACCAUGGGUGCCCUGGGUUGGAUUUUACAAAAAGUCAAUAAUUUAUUCUGUAAGUGCCAAGUUCUUUGUAAAUAUAAUAUAAUCUUCAUGUCAAGUUUGUAAAUUUUGGUAGUAAUUUAAUUUGGAAAAGAUUGUUGCAAAAGUCCAUGCCAGUGAUAUGAACUAUAACAAAAAGCAGAAAAGAAGCAUAAAUAAUCAAAAUUAAUUAAAUGUAGCCCUGUUUCCUCUGAAGCCAUAUGUCAGCUAUCAUAGUGAUCAUUUCAUUGUUUUUCUCUGAUACUCUGUCAGUAUUCAAAUGUACUUUUAGUGGGCACAGGGAGCUAAAUAAUUCUAGGAAAUCGUUAUGAUAAAUGUAUUUCCUGUGUAGUGAUUUUCAUUUCAGAGAAAAUAUGUUUUUAGCAACCAUCACUGGCCUUGCAUUUAGGAGACCAGGAAUGGCAUAUGAGCUGGUAAACUGAACACUUGAACUCAUCUAUGUUGUUUAAUUCCUGGAGUCUUGUAAAAAAACAAUAUGAUUACCCAAUUAAGAUUUGAAAUUCUGAAGGAGAGUGCAUUCUUUUUGAACCGUUGUCUCCACAAUAUGCUAUUGAUUCACUACUCCAUUGUAACCCCAUCUGGUGUACAUUAAGAACAUUUCCUUCAAAACUCUUUGACCAAGGGAAUGAAAACACAUAUGCGAAUAGGAUUUGACAGCUAAUUCUAAUUUUGAACAUAAAAUUUGCCACUUACAGAUAAGGGCCUAAUUUCUAAUCAUUGUGCACUGGUUGAAAACAUAUGUAUAUUCACACACACAACAUAUAUAUUUUUAUUGAGCUCUAAUAAAUCCUUGAUGUGACAGGCUUAUCAAAUAAAUAAUACAUAUUAAAUGAUGUUAGAGAUGUUAUAGAUCAUUAUGAGAUGCUAAUACUGGAAAACCACUUCCACUAAAGUUAAUGAACAUGAGAAAUAAUGAAGCAGAAUGACAGUGUACCUACGUAAGGGAAUUCCACUUUAAUUUAUAAAGCAUUCUUGAUGUGUGCCGUCUUUUUUUCUCCAAAAAAGCAACAGUUCUCACAUAGCGUAAGUAGUACUGGGGGACAAAGAGUAAAAUGGUUUUUCUCAAAUUCAAGUUAUUCAAGUUCUACCUGAAUACCUUUUUAGAAAAAAAAAAUUAACUGAAAGAAUAUUCUGCAUGCAGGAGAGAUAAUGAACACAUCUGCAAGUACCUAAGAUAGUAUAUAAUGCCUUAAAUCUAGAUUCAAAAUCCUUCUA